AUGCAUCCAAACUACAACCAACGUGGAAAUCAAUACACUGGAAACUAUCAGCAAAGACCAGGAUUCAGACGCGCGUACCAUGAUCAUCAUGGAGGACGGAAUGGCGGCAUGAUGAGUUCAUUCAACCAUCAAAAUGGAAUGGACGGUGCUUAUCAGCGUCCUUCUUCGGAUUAUCGUGACGUCAUCCGAAUCCAUUCAACAUCCGGUCCAAGAGAGGAUACCAUCAAGGUGCCGAGAAUCGAAACGGCAAUUAGGACUUCCACGCGUCUCACUAUCAUCCCUAUGGUCGUGAUCACGGAAAUCAAGGACAUCGCAAUCAAAAUUUUUCUGAUCGCCAAAAUUAAUUCAAACAUCAAAAUGGAUACCAAGCUCAAGGACGCCAAGAAGAUACAUUCAGCCGUGAGCAAUUUGCUGAAAGCUCAUCGAUCACCACGGAGGAGCAAAAAAUAUCUGAAAAUAUUGGGAAGAGCAGAUCAGAAAAUCGAGCUCCAUACCAGCCUGGUACUUCAUCAGGAUUUGAUUCAGUUGAAGUCGGAUGCCGAUUUAGUGGAAAUCAGGCCACAUCGAGAACCGUGUCAACCCGUCGCCAAAGUCCAACCCGAUCAAGGAACGAUCGAAGAUCUUACUCGCAGUCAGAUUGGGGCAUUGAGAGAUGUUCCAGGACCAUCCACACCUUCUCAACACCCUUCAAACGUUCAGAGAGACAACGCACCGAACGCCACACAAGAACAGAAGGACACACUGACUACACUGGGGAAAAGUACGAUUAUGGUCGGAAUCGUAAGAAUUAUGCCUCAUCAGAAGGUCGACAAUCAGGCAAAAAAGGAAGAAUACGAGAAGAUUGAUGAGGAGAUCAGAAGAAUCAGUAAAGAAACCGACGCGAUGAAAAAUCGAAUUAAUUACUUCAUGUUGCCUUUCAUAUAA